CGCAGAGAUAUUUCAGUAUGACAGAGAAGAAAAGACCUCUUUACCAGCGUUACAAACCACAACUGAAAGACAGUGUUACUGUGGAGCUACAUUUAGGUGAAAGUCUUAAUAUUCCAUGUAGCUUGUAUAAGAAAUAUUCCGUGGCUGUUUGUUAUUUAAAUGAUUCCAAGAGAACAUACGAACAACUGACGUCGAAAAGAAGGGCUCUUUUUGCGCCCAACUGGAAUGAAUAUUUUACAUUUCAUAUGCAGGAAAACUCAGUAGAAGUCUUGAAAUGUACUUUUGAGUUUCAGUUGAUGGCAACCACAUUUUUAGGAGCAUCUGUUGUAGCCACUACAAAAUGUACUCUAGAGAAAAUUGAACGAGACGAAAAAGUUACUUUCGCAAAAGAAGACUGCUUGCAUUUGUGCAAACAUAUGGAGGAAAAUAUAGAGAUCAGUGUUGAAUUAACCAGACAUGAAACGAGUAUACCAGAUAUUCGGAUAAGAGGUCAGAGUGAACUAUGCGAAGAAGAAAGAAAAUUCUGCGAAAAAAGAAAAAUUGUCAUACAACAGAGUGUUUUAUUCAAAGAAAUAUGGGAAAGAGUUAAAGGAAAGGAAGAUGACCUGCCAUCUGUUCCAAACAUAGCAGUGAUUGGGUCUGGUGGUGGAAUGCGUGCUGUACAAGGCAUGUGUGGUGCCAUGAUUGCAUUGAAAGAAUCACAUAUUUUAGAUCUUGCCAUGUAUGUUGCGGGUGUGUCUGGUUCUUCUUGGUAUAUUUCCACGUUAUAUACAUCACGCUGGUGUAACAUAGAUCCAGUAGAUGUUGCGAAAACUAUAAAAAAUAGUGUCAACGGUGUAUUGCAAGAACUACAAGUAGUGCCAAGGUCAUUGGCAAUCGUUGGUAUCUCACAGUUUUAUCACACUGGAAAAUAUAGAACUGCUACAAAUGUAUUUGGAAAUGUAAUUGGUGAUAUUUUGCUGAAAGAGAAAAGGAAUAGGACAUGGAGUUCUCAGACAACGAAGUUAAAAGAGGCAAAGGUCCCAUUACCUUUGUUGGCUAUGCUACACGUCUAUGACCAAAAUAACCCAGAAGAGUUCAAUGAAUGGGUUGAAUGCUCACCAUAUGAAGCUUUUAUGCCAAAAUAUGGUACUGGUAUCGAUAUGCAACAUUUUGGAAGCGAAUUCGAUGGAGGUUUUGUGAAGAAGAGAUAUCCCGAACAACCAGUUCAUGUUCUGCAAGGAAUUUGUGGUAGUGCUUACAUUGAUGUGUUAAAUCCUGACCCAGAAGGCACAGGACGUUGUUGCUGUUGCAGGAAUAACAAAUGGGUUUCUUUUAUAAAGACAAUUACAAUGGAUAAUUUCGAGAACAUGUGUGUUGGGAAAAUACCAAACUGGUUGUAUGGUGUAUCUGACAUUCAGAAAUUGCCUGAAGCAAAAACAGAUGUGACUAGGAAGUACAAUUAUGAAGAUCAAAUAAAAUUGGAGAAAUUUAUUGAUGGGACCAACGAAGAAUUGAUGUUAACUGAUGCUGGUAUCGCAUUUAAUUCACCAUAUCCUAUAGUACUUCAUCCAGCCAGGAAAAUGGAUCUUAUACUUUCCUUCGAAUAUUCCGCUCCUGAUACUGAAAAGUUAUCUGAAUGGCCAUUUUCGGAAUUGCGAAAGGCUGAGAAAUGGGCAAAGUGCAGAAACAUUCCAUUUCCAGACCUAUCGAUGAUAGAUACAUACAAGACAGGACCUAUUGAUACCUUGUAUGUUUUUCGAGAUGAAUUGAACAAGGCACCAACUAUUAUGCAUUUCGUGAUGUACGAUAAAGAUCAAAACGAAACCCGCGAAAAAUAUUUUGUGUUCAAUGCAAAGUAG